GCGCUCGAGCGUGCGACAGCUGGAGAUCGACAAUGCCCGAUCGAUUUGAAAUUCAGCUUGUCGACAGCGAAGCAAGCAAUUUGGCAAGCCCGAACGAAAGAGAGAGAGCUAGUAGGAUCAUGCAGACAGUCAGCAAGCUCCUUACGCCGACCGCACGAAGGCUGGCAAGUCCGGCUAGCAGUAGACGUUAUGCCAAUGCGCCCGUUGCUAGCACGAGUGCGACACCUCUGUCCGACCUCGAGGCGACAUCUUCAUCGAGUUUCUCAACGGCAAUGGAGGGAAACGAGUCAGGCGCGGUGCCAGAUGCCGCUCUUCUGGCUGCCAAAGCUACAGUGGAUGCUAGACGACGCAGGCGAGCCAUAGCCGAACAUAUGGAGCGAUUUGGGUCAAGCCAGAACAGACAUAGCACUUUCCAGGCUCACCACGUGCUCACUCGAGCUCCUCCUGCGUCAGAAUUGACAUUGUCCCAUCUCGUCGCUGCUCAAGCUCAUCUUGGCCAUCAUCGGUCGCUUGCCCAUCCCUCUGCUCUGCCGUAUAUCUACGGUACUCGAGCAAAAGUAUCCAUCAUAGACCUGCGUACGACUCUCACUCAUCUCAAGCGAGCCGCUCAGGUCAUCAGCGGGACUGUCGAGAAUGACGGCAUCAUCGUCUUUCUCUCCACGCUCGAUGGCACGGAACGAGCGAUCAGACUGGCAGCCGAGCGAUGUGGCCCGAAUGGCUUUGCGACCAAUCGUUGGCUUGCAGGCAGUCUGACCAAUGCUGGCUCGGUCUACGCGAAGCAGGCUCAUGCUUUCCGCGAACCGACGAAAGAGGGCGAGGAAGGAGAGGAUGCGGGAUCAAGAGCGAUCAACCCCUUCGCUUACAAGCCUUCUCUGCUCGUGCUUAUGGCGCCACGAGAGCAGCAGAACGCUCUGAGGGAAGCGACGCUGGCGCAUGUACCCACUAUCGGCAUCACUGAUACAGACGUUGAUCCACGCUGUGUCACCUACUCGAUACCAGCGAAUGAUGACAGUCCCCGGACGAUCCAGCUCAUUGCGGGUAUACUCGGCGAAGCAGGUAGAACCGGUCUUGAGCGUCGCCUUGCGAAGCAGAGAGCCAGUGCACCCGUGUGGCUUAGGCCUACAGGGGGAUCGCCGGCGCAAGAAGUCCUCAGUGCAUAAUACACCUUGUCACUCUCUUCUGCAAGUAUGUUCUGCGCGUGCACGGUCGGCUCUGCGCACCGACCCACGAGCGCGCGAGCCUAGUUGGCAGACUC